AUGUCAUCCCUUACUGGAAACCCCAAUUCACACCCAAUUUCAGAGUUCACCGAGCGACUUACUGGCAACUGUCUAUGUGGGUCGGUGAAAGUGACAAUCAAUGAUCCGGAUCUGUUCACUAGAAGAAGAGGGCAUAUUUGCCAUUGUGCCAAUUGUCGCAAGGUUUCAGGUACCUUUGCUGCCAGCAACUUGACCAUCGAGGAAGACAAGGUUGAGAUAGAGGAUCGCGAAGGUACGCUUUCCAAGUUCGUGGAUACUCAAACUGGUAGUGGGACUCCUCUUGAAAGAUGGUUUUGUUCACGAUGUGGAAAUCCGGUCAAGUCUGUGACGCCUGUGUUGGCAGGGAAACUCGUCAUGAAGAUGGGACUAUUUCCGAGAAUUCCAGCUCCUGAGUUCGAAACAUUUGCUUUAUAUAGACAUGAGUGGCAAGGGCUUCAUCCUGGUGUUGAUCAAUAUAAGAUAAAGGCGUUUGGAGAGAAGCUUUAG